AUAUUCCCUUGACCUUGAGAUAUAACGAUGUCUCAUUGAGCACCCAGAGAGAAGAGCCUGCUGGUAGCUACUGCACUAGCUUGCAGCUAAUCUUGAAACCAGCUAGCAGAGAUGGCCGGGCAGCAGAAGGAGGCGGCGGCGGUAUCCAUGGUGCAACUGAGCACCUUCACAAGGGUGCCGUCGAUCCCGAGGGACCAGAGCUACCGUGAUUUCCCGGUGACGGUGCGCGUCACGGCGGCGCCGCCGGAUUUCGUCCAAGGCGAACGCACCCUGGUGGAUGUGGUGGCGGCGAUCGACCUCAGGUGGAGCAUGGGCUUCGACGACAAGUACGGCCACCAACCCAACGACCGGCUGGUGAGGGUGAAGGAGGCCAUGGCCAAGGUGAUUGACAACCUGGGUGUCGACGCCCAGAACCGCCUUGCCGUUGUAGGAUUCAACCAAGAGGUUGCCACCAGCACGGAGCUUCUGGAAAUGACUGCCCAAGGCCAGCAAAGUGCCAUUGAGACUGUGAAUGCGCUGAAAGUCUUGGGUCGGCCGUCCACCUUUUCUGUUGGCUUGAAUGAGGCCAAAAAGAUCCUAGAUGGACGCAGUCUGGCGGAGAAACGGCGUAGUCUAGGCUUCAUCAUCUUCGUCUCCAACGGAGAUGACGUUACCUUCUUAGAGAAAGACAUCCCGACAGCGUACCCAAUCCACGCGUUCGGUCUCACAGCACAACACAGUCCCUCCAAGCUGAAAGCCAUGGCCAACCAGACACUUGGAAGCUACACUCCCAUCGAGAACGACGACCUCGAGACGAAGCUCGCCGAGAAGCUGGACCAGCUUUCGGUCAGGCUCACCUCCGUCGUCGCCGUCGACACGACCAUCGACCUCACCACACUGCACCAUGGAGUGGUUGUAUCCAAGCUAGAGUCGUCUUGGGCCUAUAACGAUGCUCUUGUAUUCUACAAGAGCGAAAUCGGUGGCGGCAAAACGUCCGGCAAGGUCGUCGUCGGCGAUGUCUCCGCCGGAGAAUUGAAGGAGUUCACCGUCUACCUGGAUGUUCCAGCUGCAGAAGGCCAGCAGGACGGCACCGGCACCGAUGAUGGCGACAGUGUCUUGGAGCUGCUGAAGGUUGGAGGGGUGUAUAAGCAGAGCUCGGACAUGGACAAGAAGAAGGUGCUGCUCGGCGAGUCCAUGGUGACCGUCGUCAGGACAGACGACGGUGGUGCGCUUGACUUGAUUGAGGAGCGGGUGGCGUACUGGUGCAAGGUGAAGCUGGACCUGUCGGCGAUGUAUGACAAGUUGGAGACGGAGGCUGCAGGGGCGAAGUCCGGUGGCGAUGUCACGGAGGCUCUUGCUCUCCGGGAGGCGUCCGUGGAGGCCAUCAACAGAGCCAUGUACCACGACAUCUACAACGCCGUCCUGCUCGCUCUCAAGCUGAGGCGUGGCGGCGACAGUGGCAACGGCGGCAGCUCCGCUAUGGAAAAUUCACCUCCCACGCCACUGCACCCUGCCAAGACACCAGUCUAAGAACAUACCAGCCGUGGAAGAGAAGAACACGGACAGGAAAUUAAAGCAUCUUUGUGUUGUUGAGAAUGAAUAAUAUGCUGGCAACAGUUCAGAAAAAAAAAGAACGCAUUGUGAUCUUUGUGCUGCUAUCAUGCUAAAGUCUACCAUGUCUAAACUCUGAACACAUUUCAACAACGCAUUGUGAUCUUUGAGUCAUACUUGUAAUAAUCAAUGUCAGAUACUUCGAUGCCUCUUCUUGAA